UUGUAUAGACUAUAUUUAUAUCCGGGUUAGCUAUCGUCACAAGCUACCAAUCUUGUGAUUAUUACUUCAUGAUCACAAUAAAUUGUUUAACUAACAUACAAUUCCCUUGAUUUCGUUCGAAUUUUUAGAAUGGCAGGCAUUAUAAACAGUUUUAAACAAACCGCUAUAGGUGUUGCAGAAUAUUUAACACCUGUUUUGAAGGAAUCCAAAUUUAAAGAGACUGGGGUUAUUACACCAGAGGAAUUUGUUGCUGCCGGAGAUCACCUAGUUCAUCACUGCCCAACCUGGCAAUGGUCCACAGGAGAUGAGACUAAAAUCAAGCCUUACCUCCCUAAAGACAAACAAUUCCUCAUCACAAGAAACGUACCCUGUUAUAAGAGGGUGAAACAGAUGGACACGCACCAGGAAGAACAAGAAAAAGUGAUUGAAGAAGAGGAUGAAGAUGGGGGUUGGGUAGAUACACAUCAUUAUUCAACUGAUUCGGGUGUGAACUCUAUACAAGAUGAUAUGGGUGAUAUGAACCUCGAUGGCAAAGAGAAAGGAGCUUCUUCAAAUACAAUAACAAAGAAAGAUGAUGAUGAUGAAGAUGAUGAUGAAGAGGCAGAAGAUAUGGAAGCUUUUGAAGAAAGUGGCAUGUUAGAGGAACAAGAUGAGGCAGCAAUGGCUGCACCAGUGAAGAAAGAUCAGCAAACAGAAGGGGCUUCAGCUAGUGACUGUGGCAUUAUUCAGACCAGGACGUACGACCUGAACAUUACUUACGAUAAAUAUUACCAGACACCUCGUUUAUGGCUGUUUGGUUAUGAUGAAAACAGAAAACCUCUGACUGUGGACCAGAUGUAUGAUGAUUUCAGCCAGGACCACGCCAAGAAAACAGUUACCAUGGAAGCACAUCCAAAUCUUCCAGGUCCACCUAUGGCAUCAGUUCAUCCUUGUCGACAUGCUGACGUGAUGAAAAAGAUCAUCCAGACUGUGGCGGAAGGUGGCGGUGAACUUGGUGUUCAUAUGUACCUGAUGAUCUUCCUUAAGUUUGUGCAGGCUGUCAUCCCCACCAUAGAAUAUGACUACACACGCCACUUUACAAUGUGAUAUCCCCCAGCCCUCAUACUUUCAGUGGUUCCACACAUGGUUAUCAUAAUUCACAUUUUUGGAACCCAUCCCGACACAGAUUUACAGAAUAGAAAAGAUUCUUACUGUUUCGCCAGACUUUUCCCCAGAUUGCAUUACUAAACUGAGGUUUAAUUGUUAUUAGGGACCUUUUUUAACUUAUGAAACGAAACAAAAAAGACAAUUCUGUGCUUACCUCCCCUUACUAUUGCAUUGUGAGUGUUACCAGCAAUAUUUCAGCUCAUUGAUUAUUUUUUAAGCUUAUUUAAUGGGUAUGUUACAACAUUUAAUCUGUAUGCAUUUUAGCCAGUACUUUUAAAGUAGAGGAAUAAAAUCUAUUUUUUUUUACGUUAACUUUUUACAAAAUGUAUAUAAUGAAUACUAUUGUGAAAUAAUUUUUUGUCUUGGAGUCGAGUUCUCAGUAUAGUAUAAAAAAAUAAAUACCACCUUUAAAUGUUUAAACCUGUAGUUAUGUGUUUAGGUAGCAUUAUUUUUAACACUUCUCUAUCAUGCUUGUGCUUUAGUGUACAACAUUUGUCACACUGAAACAGCAUCCAGCUUAAAUAUUUUAUUCACUAGUUGUCAAUUUUUGUGUGACAAAACACAUUUUUUUGUCCUUGUGACUAGAAAUGGUACCAAAAUGUCCCAGUAGUGUAACAGUUAUUUACACAAGCAUUGAGAAAUGCCUCAGUACUUUCGUUAUGACCCCCAGUGUGAAAACCGCCAAAAAAGAAUUAUCAGAAAUAUGAUUAAGAAAAAUAAUUGUCAAAGAUUUUGUUUUAAUAAUUUAAAAGAUUAUUCAUGAUUAUACUUUUAAACAAAUUUGGUUAAUAUAUUAUGUUUAAGAUUUUUUAAAUAACAUUUUUCUGCUUAUUUUAUUGGACCUGCUAUGUAUGUAAAAAAAAUAAUUUUUUAAUGGCCCCAUAUAUGUGUGAAAAUUUGAAUCUUGAAUCUUGUUUGUGUUUGAAUGAAUGUUUGACUUAUGGGUAUGAACAUGUGAUCUGAGGCACAUUCCUUCAGAUAAAUCACUCACUAGAUUAACCAGACUAUGUCGCGUUUAUUUAUUUGUGUCCAAUUAGGUUUUUUAAAAAUUUGCUGCAACUGUUGAACUUAUUUUAAGCGGGUUAUACCUGCACACAGAAGGAUUUAAAAAUUAAAACCUUGAUGUGGAACAAGGAACCAUAAAAGAUUUUAAAAUUAAAACUUGAUGUGGAACAAGGAACCAUAAAAGAUUUAAAAUUAAAACUUGAUGUGGAACAAGGAACCAUAAAAUAUUUUAAAAUUAAAACUUGAUGUGGAACAAGUAACCAUAAAAUAUUUUAAAAUUAAAACUUGAUGUGGAACAAGGAACCAUAAAAGAUUUUAAAAUUAAAACUUGAUGUGGAACAAGGAACCAUAAAAUAUUUUAAAAUUAAAACUUGAUGUGGAACAAGUAACCAUAAAAUAUUUUAAAAUUAAAACUUGAUGUGGAACAAGGAACCAUAAAAGAUUUUAAAAUUAAAACUUGAUGUGGAACAUGGAACACAGCUGCCAGCUUCUAAAUUGCUUAGAUUUAUUGUAAUGUAUAGAGACAUAUCUAAACUAAGAUCAGCAUGGCUUCUUAAUUCAAAAGGAAUUAUUUUCCCUUUGAUCUAGUCACUUUUUUCAUGACAUUGUAUCUGGACAACGUUCAUUGUUUUUUUCUAACUACUUAUGCUUGAUUGUAAAAAUAAGGUUUUAAUAUAAAAUAUAAUUUCCAGUUGAUAUGGCCAUCAAAAGAUUGCACUCACCAAACAGCUCUAUCGAUUAGGCUUCGCCAUGUUGUAUUCAAUUAUUUUUCAUGAAAUAUGAUGUUCAAAUUGCUCAUUGAUGUGUUACUGCAAUAAAAAUGGAAGUCUUGCUUCUCCAUUUUAUUGUGCUUUAAUCAUAAGGCAAAUAAAAUAAUUAAUGCAAAUUUGUUCUGUAGUU